UCCUUGCCAAGCUGUGAAGUCGCGUGGUCCCACACGGCACGAGCAUACGGUUGUCGAUUUCAGCACGGGACAGAUCCUUCACCCUGUUACUGCAAUAUGGCGACAGAGUUCCAUAAUCUGCAGGAGCUGAGGCACAAUGCAUCGCUGGUAACGAAGGUGUUCAUACAGAGAGACUACAGCGAAGGAACCGUCUGCCGCUUCCAGAGCAAGUUCCCCUCAGAGCUCGACAACAGGAUUGAGCGAACAUUGCUCGAGGAGACGGUGAAGACGCUGAACUCUUACUAUGUGGAGGCUGAAAAAAUCGGAGGUCAGUCGUACCUGGAGGGAUGUUUAGCUUGUGCAACAGCGUAUAUCAUCUUCCUCUGCAUGGAGACCCGCUAUGAGAAGGUGCUGAAGAAGAUAUCCAGCUACAUACAGGAGCAGAACGAGAAGAUCUACGCUCCCAGAGGUCUGCUGCUCACGGACCCUGUAGAGCGAGGAAUGAGGGUCCUAGAGAUCAGUCUGUUUGAGGACCGGGGCUCGGGCAGCUCCAGUCCCAGCAGCACCAUGUCGUCGGCAGGCAGCGCUCGGUGACUGGAGGGGCAGCGCCAGGCUUACGGGUACCACCACAGGGGCAGCGGGACACUCACCAACAUCCGCAUGCUGAAACAUGAGAGCACGAGGUUCUAAGACGAGUGGCGAGAACAAGGCGUGGAGGUGAUCUACAGCAUUCACACUCUCCCUGCCACCUGAGAACAGGAGCUGGCUUACACAAACACACUGGAUUAAACACAAGUGCAACAGAACCCCCAAACACAAGCGCUAGACAAAUAUACAAGCCAACAUCAAGAGUGUCUAUGAGGGAAUAUCCUUCACUAUCCAACAGAUAUUCAUCAUCAUCUCUGUUUUUCCAAUUGUUCCAUUCAUUUUUCAUCACGUCCAUUUCCAUGACUCACACCACCUCUGUCUUAAAGCUGAUUCAGCUGGCUUAAGCUUAAUUUAACUGGACAUCAAUGCUUGAUUGUUUUCACGGAGGUCACUGUCACUAUGUGUAUCUACUGAGGCAGCCUUAAGUCUGUGCAGCAGCUCUGAAAUGUAGAAGGAGGAAAAGUACCAGCCUCCCGGGAGACAGAAUGUUCUCCGGUCUCGCUGAAUGAUUGCAUUCAUGUCAGGUGGUUGAGGUCAACCUGCUCUGAAUGCUGGCAAAUUGGGCCCGCAGUGGGACCAUACGGUUCUACGCUCUGUUCACAUGCAUUUGGCUUCAGUAUCAAACGGCUAACAGAGAGCACCUUGAAUUGUUUAUUCUUCUCAUUCACAGCAGUUGAUGCUGGUGAUCCACAUCACAGCUGUAGGUCACAACGCUCCUAUGCGCUCUCUUUUCUCUCUCUCUCUCUUUCCAUUCAAGUCAAUUCAAUGGCUUUGUUGGUGAAGUGUUAUAAACAGCAACUUCACCAGAGCAUAAAAGCACAGUUUGAUUAGAAUUUUGACAUUCAUCCAAAACAAAACAAAACCAAAAAAUGAUGGUAGAAGCAACAAAACAUUAAGGUACAUAUCUUUAUAUUUUGCACUAUGGAUGAAAAAUACAUUAGAUUAAAAUUUUUACAGCACAAACUAUCAUGUUUACAGCCUGGUACAAAAAACAAAAUAGGUCUGAUUAGCUCAUGUCUUGAUCGGCACACAUUGUGCAUUUUAAAAUAACUUCUAAGGAUAAGCAUUAUUCACAAUAAGGCGUGUAGCUGACCUGAUGACAGGCUGGCGCGGUGUGUCAAUUUGUCAAACCUGCCUCAGCUCCUGCUCUUAGAUCUUCGUUUAGUUGACUGAAGUUAGUGAGUCAGCACUGUGACCGCAAUCGAUGGGACUACAAAGCCCCCUGCAGUAACAGAUGGGUGACGUCACUCGGGCUUCGUCCAUUAAUAUUUACAGUCUAUGGUUUACAGCUGACUGACUGUUAGAUGCACAAGUUAACCUAAAAGCAGUCCUUUGCACUUGAUCUUUGUAAAGAUUUCAUAUCAGACCACUCAAGUGGUACCUUUUUUUAUUCUUGAAUCAUUUUGAAGAUACAGUUAAUGCCACAUAGACUUUCAAAUACAAGCAGACCAUGCAAAAGACCCUAGAAACGAAAUGUACAAACAUCUCAUUUAAAGGCUGAAGACAGAAAAAAACUGGUGAUAGCAAAACAUUAUGUAUCUAUAUUAUAAAGACAAGGGAGACUAGUUCUCAAAAAGGCAAAUCCGUAAAAAAACAUCUUCAGAUAAAAUUUACAAGCAUAAACAAAUGGAAAAGUUCAAAGGGGUGAAUACUUAUGCAAGGUUUUCGAUACACACACGUACACCCCAGUGGCCAUUGGCCAUGCUCUCCUUCACAAACACAAACAACACACACACACACACACACACACACACACACACACAUUCUGGCAGACACAGAGAUGGACUCAACCAAGCCCGACAAUAUUUUCUGUGGUCUCAUCUAGUUGGGAACACAAAAUAACCCAGGAUUUGUAAGAGCAGGCCAGUUGGCCUGGUUUUGAGGACAUGUGUGUCGUGCGUCAGUGCCAUCAGUCACUAGUCCUAUCUAGUGAGAGAUGAAAGUCUGCCGAUCAUUAGGGAGACGUCAACGUGUACAGAUCAGUGUGCUUAAAGAGAUCUGAACGCUGACACGUUUUUUUCCUGAGAAACUGAAACAGUGUGGGUUGUUAUCUCUGCAGCUGUUUGAUGUAUGUUAUCCAGUAUGGGUGUUAAUGACAGGUAUGUGCAGGAGAAGCUGUCCACAUAAAGUUUAUUGAACCUGAACCUCAAAUAGUCAAGCUGUCUUGGCUCUCAUGCAGAUGCAGGUUUUUAAAUGAUUUUUUAAUCAAACAAAAAACAAUAAAUAAUCAAAAUUAGGUAUUUAGAAGAGAGUGUUUUUCACAUAAACACAACAAAAAUAAGAAUCAAAGAGUGUGUCUUUUAAUUAGUGCCAUCCUUCAUUCUGAAAUGUAAUUUGGGCAGUUUGUCAUUGUGUCAGUGGAGCACAGUUAUAGCUCCCUCUAGGGUCAGACUGAGGAAGUUCUGCAUUCCCAAGAGACAAUCUCAAAAGGAAUUAGUCUAAAGAAAACAUGAAAUGAAUAUAUUUAUAUGACAUUAAUUUUUCACACUACAUCACUAUUCAGCAGGCACAUUUUCCAGACAAACAUCUUCAAUACACCCAAGACAGACUAGCCUGAGGAGCAUUUCUGUCUUUGUGGGGAAUCACUGCUAACAGUGUGUGUGUGUGUGUGUGUGUGUGUGGAGGCUGACGAAACAAAAGAUGAUCAUUAUGUGACAAAAAUGUUGAUGCCGGUAGACAGCACACCCACACGUUGUCUUACAAAAGACAAGACCUCCUGAAAACACUUGAGCCCUGCCUCAGUGUCUGCAUGUUCUAUUUCUGUUGGCAUAUUUCCCUUCGUUAUGUUAUUUUACCAUUUUGAGUUUUAUUUCCUGUUUACUCCCUCAUACCAUAAAGUCUUUGUUCCUUCUGACAGUGUAGUCGUUUACCUCUACUUAAGCCACUUAGCAAAACCUACAACAGAGACCCCUCCAACCAGCGUUUUGUACUUUGACCAGAGCGUGUCAUUUUGGAGUUAAACUACUUACUGGGAAGACAUUGAGGAAUCUCUUCAGUGUAGGGGAUAGUUUAUUUUCAUCAUGACACUUUACUUCCUGGAUGAACCAACAGAGACUUUUUCCCCACAGAAGUUGAGUUCAGUUGUGCUUGUGUUCGGCCUCCUGUGCUUUUUGAUGCCUUCAUGUUUCAUCCCAGUGGAAUGGAUACCCAACCUGGGGCUGAUGGACUGCAAAAUUGACUCUAAAUAUGACUCUCAACACUGCCAAUAAGCAAACAACGGAGCUCAUUGGACAAUGUAUAAAGAAAUAAACAAUGAGUAUGUAUGAAAUGUAAAGGAGAAGAGCAGUAUUGUACAUGCUUAUCUAUGAUUAUAUCCAUGCUGAGUGUGUGGGGUGUAAAGAAGUUGCGGGGGAAAUGCCAUAAUGCUAUUUUAUUCCAAACAUCACUGUUGCUCAAAACUAUUUCUUAAACCCAAUUUUUAAUAUUUUCAUAACCUCUCUGAUUUGGGCAUUCAGUGAUGGAGCAGCUAUAAAAGCAGAUUGUACAGCGUUAAACUGCUGUGUAGUGUUAUCUGUAAAAUGAAGACAUUUUUUGUCUUUGUCCAAAAUAGUUUGAAGUAUUGGUGAUGUAGAUAUUGUUAAUAAUAAUAACAAUAUGUGGAGUUAUUAUUGUGGAGUUUGAUAGAUGAUUAAUGUCGAAGGUAAUUAUGAUAACACUCAGGGGAACGAUCAAAAUGUGCCAAAUACAAGGGUGAAAGGUCUUAAAGGAUAAGUUCACAUAUUUAGUUGUUCUAGCAGCUAAAGUGUUGCUAACAUUGGUCGUGUGGUUGGUGCUCGUUGCUUACCGAACUCAAAAUAUUUACAUUUCUGGAUGUACUGAUAUGAGAAUUGGUGCAGAUGUCCAUGUUGGAAAGAGGUUUAAACCACCUGAUUCUAAUUUGAUUAAAUUAGAUUUUAUCAGCUCAACAUUAGCAGGAUGGGUUGGUCUUUUUUAAAAUGUUAUCAUGCUAACCUUAGCGUUUUGCUCAAAGCACCACUGAUAAACCUGACAUAGUUGCUAGCGUUGCUUUAGCCUUUUGGUCCAUUAAAAGUAGAUAAAUAUCACCUUGCAAUCAAAACAUUGGAGUUGAGAUAAAUUACUUAUUAAUUAGCGUAAAUAACACCUCCAGUUAAACUUUUAAAGGUUUAACUUUGGACUUUAAUGCCUGUAUUCAAACACAAGUACAUAGCCUCUGUACAUAGGGCUAGUAUACUAACAACUAGGCUACCGGCGCCCUCCUUCAGUUAAACUUUCAUUGGACAUACUACAAUGGCAUGUAAAACUGAACUGAUCCUUUAAGACUGAAAAGAAAAAGAAGCACUGUGAGGGGUAUUGUGAGGCGUUAAUGUAGCCUGUUCUUUCGAUAUACAAAGACAAGGGAACAAAGACUAGGACAUAGUAAUAAAUGUAUUUUUAUCAAAAGAUUAGCAUUGAGAUAGGACUACAUUAUCAAGGAGCAGAUUCAGCUUUGGGUCUUUGAUCCUCCAUCAUGCUCACUGUCAAGAUAACCUCUGUGCCAACACAUCUUUGGAGGAGAAGCAGAGAUAUAUGAAUCACCACUUACAAGUGAUAAUAUGUAGUCCAUAUCAUUGCGACAAUGUCAAAUAUUUAUCAUGAACUGUAUUUGAAAGUGCAGAAAGUUUGUUCAGUCGACAGUGUUUCCCGGUUGUAUGUGAAACUGUUACAAGUGAAAGAUUAGUCAUUGUGCGAUAUGUCUUCCUGAAGUGUAAAGUGAAAUGUAGAGUUCUGGCACCAGCCUUUUCGUGUUGCUCUGAGCUGGUCUGGCUUGAAGGAGACUAAGACUGCAUUGAUGUUUAAUGCUGCAUGAUGUUUGUGUAAACAAAGCGAGCACCAGAUGACGAGAAGCGAACCCCCCUCAUCAACGAAAUCCCUCGGUUGUGCUGCUGAGAGAGAAGAAUUUAUAUCUUAUCUUGAUGUUAUUUAUGUGUUUGCAUCCGAUUAUUUACAUAUUAAUUGACUCAUGUAUUAUUUCUCAAAGCUGAUUACUAUUCAAAGCCUGGGGAGUCGAGCUUCAACUGUCGUCGAGACAUGAAUAAAGUGUCUGAUGAAGCUGG